GGAGGCUACUCCCAUGCUCUGACCCCGACCGGCACCAACUGCGGCCGCCGGGACCGGCGAGGUUCACGGUCAGGCGAGCCGCUCCUCUGUGCCGUGGGUCGCGUCUCCAUCGGGCAGGGUCAGCCCGACCCUGACCGAAUUCCCGCGACCUUCAGCUUUUGAAGUUUCCUGGAGUGCCACAGCCCCGACCUGCUCAGGAUGGACCCUGUUGUUCUCAGCUACAUGGACAGUUUGCUGAGGCAGUCGGAUGUUGCCUUGCUGGAGCCCCCAAACUGGCUUAACGAUCACAUAAUAGGGUUUGCCUUCGAGUACUUCACCAACCACCAGUUCCAAGAAUUUAGCGAUCAGGUUUGUUUUAUCAGCCCCGAAGUGGCUCAGUUCAUUAAAUGUGCCCUUAGUCAGGAAGAAAUAGCCAUAUUCCUUCAACCGCUGGACCUUCUCCACAAGAAGCUGGUGUUCUUGCCUAUCAAUGAUAACUCCAACCAGGUUGCUGGGGGCACCCACUGGAGCUUACUGGUUUAUUUCAGGGACAAAAAGUGCUUUGCCCAUUAUGAUUCCCACAGUAAAUGCAACUCUGUCCAUGCCAAGCAAGUGGCAGGGAAGCUGGAGGACUUCUUGGACAAAAGAGGGAGCAAAGCAACCUUUGUGGAGGAGAAGGCGCCUGCCCAGCAGAACAGCUAUGACUGUGGGAUGUACGUGAUCUGCAACGCGGAGGCUCUGUGUCAGGGAUACUUCAGGGGCCGGCCGGAGCCUUUGCUGCAGCUCCUCACCCCCUCCUACAUCACACAGAAGAGAUCGGAGUGGAAAGCUCUCAUCACCAAACUGGCACAGAAGUGAGCAAGGUGCAGGUCCAGCCCCCCUCCAAAAGCUGCCUUCCCCUGCCGUGAGGCAGCACCCCCAGUGCCUGAGGGAGAUGCCCAUGCACAGGAUUGUCCCAAAGAAGAAUGUAACCCCUCCAGCAUGGCUACACCCCCCAAACACCCCAUUCCCUCUUGGAAAAGCCUAAGUCCCCUCUGAAAAUCACUAGCCUUUGAACUUCUAAAGAGAAAAGUCACUUUGCUUUCAAAGAAAUCCUCCUCUCCACAGUGAAAUUUUACACUAAUUGCUGUGGCAAAAUGGGUUGCCAAAGAGACUUCUCUGCCUUUACCCAGCAAGCAAACCCACCCUUGUUAGGUGGCUGUAAUUGACUACAGGCAUUGCUGUUCCAAGCCAGGUUUAGCAAAUGCCCUUUAAAACCAAGCCCCAAAAUGCUUUAUCAUGGCUAUUUCUAAUUUGUGCCUCCUGCUAGUGGUAUUGGAGCAGUCUAGGCUUUACCAGCAAGGACUUUUACCCCUGAAAACCUGAUGUUGGGAUGUCAAUGUGAAAAGAUGAAAUGCCAAAGGAAAUGGUACAAUUAAUUAAAGAAU